AUAGCACAACAGGUCAUCCAGGUAGGAACUUUGUUCAUUUUACAUCGUCAAGCCGACUGCAUUUAACCGACGCACGCGAGCUUGCCGGAUGUUUAUGGAACCACAUGUUGUUACCCGGUUAUAAAAGCACAUUUCUGUGGAUGUAGUUUGUGGAAAGUAGAAGAAAACGUUUGUAGCUUGAAUCAGGAUGUCGGCUUCGUUGAUCAGGAGAGGACUGGAGUUGCUGAGCAAUGACAUUAAAGCUUACUUUGGGUUUUGUGCGUGUCUUUUUGCCAUGUGUUUCCUGCCAGAUGUCACUAAAGUGAAGAAGAAGCAGCAGCAGACCCCCAGCUCAGCCACAGUGAUGGAGCUGGUGAGCACCAAGCGGCAGGGAGUUACCAAGCAGGUCAAAAGACUGCAAGGCCGUCUCGGGCCUGGCAAGAGCAAAGCCACUGUUAAAGACAAGAGGAUCAAGUCUGCAGUGGAGGAGUUCAGGAAGAAGCAGGGGAAGAGCCAUUUGAGUGAGAACCUCAAAUACUUUAUGGCAACUGGCUGUAAAGCAACAGAUUCUGACACACUGAAGGUGGCCCUAACGUGCUGAUUUGAUUUCUGUCUGACAUAGAUCGUGAACCACAAUAAAGGGAGGCAGUCAAGAAAUCACCCGGACAGGCCUGUGAAAAAGGCCAAAGAGGCAAAGUCUUUGUUCACAGAGGAGGAGUUCCAGCAGUUUCAGAAGGAAUACUUUGGCAGGACUGUGGAGGAAAAGAAAUAAAACGGACACAAAGACACUGCGCCCACAGCAGAAGCUCCAGGGCUGCGUUUGGAGGAUCGAAGUGGAUUUCUGGACCAGAUUUUGUUCUCAUUCAUGUUCAUGUAGUGUCUGUAUGGUUCUGGGGUUUUUUUUCUUUUUCUUUUUUUUCUUUCAAGGGUGUCUGUGUGAGUAAUGUGUACAUUUUGAACCAACCACAGGUUGAAGUUCAUAGACAAAGUAUGAAAAAUCAUUGACAAAGAGACAGGAAAUGACUGAGAUAUGACUUGUCAGUCAUAGCUCGCUAGUCCUUUGUUUCAUUGUUUGUGAACUACAAACGUAAUGAAGCUCACCUUUAAUUCACAGCCAAGAAAAACACCAUAUUCAUGGCUUAAUAACCAGAUAAGCUUAGCAAGAGCCAUUACAGGGCGGUGUGAGAGAGCAAAUUCCUGAAAUUAUGGGCUUAUGGAUGACUUAUACAAUACAUUUCUGUUUCUCAUCCCUUCUUCUUUGAUAACUUCUUAGAAUUUUUUAUUUUUUA